GGUAUUCUGGAAGGCAUGUGGAUACACUUGGGGAAACCCGAUAAUUCCUCCCUGGAAAUUACUCAGAGGAACAGCAGAGCGGGACUGUUGGAGGCUGGCAGCGAUGAAGAUCGAAAGUUAAACCUCAGCUUAAGUGAGAGCUUUUUCAUGGUGAAAGGAGCAGCCCUCUUCUUACAACAGGGAAGCAGCCCUCAGGGCCAGCGGAGUCUUCAGCAUCCCCACAAGCAUGCAGGUGACUUGCCCCAACAUCUUCAAGUAAUGAUCAACCUUCUGCGUUGUGAAGAUAGAAUCAAGCUGGCCGUGCGCCUGGAGAGCGCCUGGGCGGAGCGGGUCCGGUACAUGGUGGUGGUGGACAGCAGCGGGCGCCAGGACACGGAGGAGAGCAUCCUGCUGGGCGUCGACUUUUCCAGUAAGGAAAGUAAAAGCUGUACCAUUGGGAUGGUUCUCCGACUGUGGAGCGACACGAAAAUCCACCUUGAUGGAGACGGCGGGUUCAGUGUCAGCACAGCAGGCAGGAUGCACGUGUUCAAGCCCGUGUCUGUCCAGGCCAUGUGGUCUGCCCUGCAGGUCCUUCACAAGGCCUGCGAAGUGGCACGAAGGCACAACUACUUCCCCGGUGGUGUGGCUCUCAUCUGGGCCACCUACUAUGAGAGCUGCAUCAGCUCUGAGCAGAGCUGCAUCAACGAGUGGAACGCCAUGCAGGACCUGGAGUCCACACGGCCCGACUCCCCGGCCCUGUUUGUUGACAAGCCAACUGAAAGGGAAAGGACGGAGCGCCUCAUCAAAGCCCGACUCCGGAGCAUCAUGAUGAGCCAGGAUCUGGAGAACGUGACCUCCAAAGAAAUCCGUAAUGAAUUAGAGAAACAGAUGAACUGUAACUUGAAGGAAUUCAAGGAAUUCAUAGACAACGAGAUGCUCCUCAUCCUGGGACAGAUGGACAAGCCCUCCCUCAUCUUCGACCAUCUUUAUCUCGGCUCUGAAUGGAAUGCGUCCAAUCUGGAGGAACUGCAGGGCUCAGGUGUUGACUACAUUUUAAAUGUCACUAGAGAGAUAGAUAAUUUUUUUCCUGGCUUAUUUGCAUAUCAUAACAUCCGGGUCUACGAUGAAGAGACAACAGACCUUCUUGCCCACUGGAACGAAGCGUACCAUUUUAUAAACAAGGCCAAGAGGAACCACUCCAAGUGCCUGGUACACUGCAAAAUGGGGGUGAGCCGGUCUGCUUCCACGGUCAUAGCCUACGCCAUGAAGGAGUUCGGCUGGCCGCUGGAGAAGGCCUACAACUAUGUGAAACAGAGACGCAGCAUCGCGCGCCCCAACGCCGGCUUCAUGAGGCAGCUGUCUGAGUAUGAGGGCAUCUUGGACGCGAGCAAACAACGGCACAACAAGCUGUGGCGCCAGCAGACCGAGAGCUGCCUGCAGCAGCCUGUGGAUGACCCUGCGGAGCCGGGGGACUUCCUGCCAGAGACCCUGGAUGGCACCCCGGAAGCCCAGUUGCCCUGCGUGGACGAUGCCGCCCCGCCUGGCUUCCCGAGCAGCAGGCCCCCAGGAGGCCCCACUCUCCCGUGCUGUUUCCGGCGACUCUCAGACCCCCUCCUGCACUCCCCCAGCGACGAGACUGGCAACUUGGUGCAGCUGGAGGAUCUGGAGAGAGAUGCUCUGUUGGAGGAAGCAGCCCAGCCAGCAGAGGCGCACAAGCCAGCCAGACAUCCCCAGGAAGGUCCUGGACUCUCUGAGAAGGAAGUGAAGAAGAAACUAGAGUUUGGGAGCCCCAAAGCCCGGGGCGGCUCUUUGCUGCAGGUGGAGGAGGUGGACAAGGAGGAGGCCCUGGGAGCAGGGAGGUGGGGCCGGCCCCCAGCCCAGCUCGAUAAAAACCUGCUCAACCGGGAAAACCUAAAUAAUAACAACAGCAAGAGGAGCUGCCCGGAUGACUUUGAGCACGACGCCAUAUUUGGGAUCCUGAACAAAGUAAAGCCUCCCUACAAGUCCUGUGCCGACUGCAUGUACCCUGCCGCCCGCAGUGCCGCUGAGGCCUGCGGGGAGCGACGCGAGAACCCCGCCGCACCAGCUAUCUGCACCCAGCCCACCUUCCUGCCCCACCUCACGUCUUCCCCUGUGGCCCACACGUCCGGCCGGUCCCGAGCAUUGGAGAAGCUGACCUCCGGCCUGACCGAGACGCCCCCAUUGCUGCCACCAGCAGGCUCGAGGCCAGAUGCCAGUGGCUCAGAGGCACCAGCUAGCCUUUUGGAACCUUCUAGAGAGACCCCAAAAGCCCUGCCGAAGUCCCUCCUUUUGAAGAAUUCUCACUGUGAUAGGAGCCCUCCGGGUGUGGAAGCAGCGAAAGAAGAAUCGCCACCCAAGAAGGAUGCGAAGCCGGCCAAGGACCUGCGGCUCCUGUUCAGUAAAGAAUCCGAGAAACCAACCACCAGCAGCUACUUGAUGCAGCACCAGGAGUCCAUCAUCCAGCUGCAGAAGGCGGGCCUGGUCCGCAAGCACACCAAAGAGCUGGAGAGGUUAACGGUCACACCCGCGGAGCCCGCAUCUCCCCUCAGGGACGGCCCCACCAGCAGGCUGGAGGCCAGCAUCCCCGAGGAGAGCCAGGACCCAGCUCCUGGCCCUCAGCCAGGGCCCCCGGCUUCGCCCAGGCAGGCCGGCAGUGAGAAGUCGGAGGCCGUGCCCCCUCCCUUAGAAGGAGCCUCGCUGAAGAGCCCCCCUCCCUCCCUCUGCCGCCUGGAUCACACCAGUCAUUUCUCAAAAGACUUCCUGAGGACCAUCUGCUACACCCCCACCUCCUCCUCCAUGAGCUCCAACCUGACCCGGAGCUCCAGCAGCGACAGCAUCCACAGCGUGCGCGGGAAGCCGGGGCUGGUGAAGCAGCGGACGCAGGAGAUCGAGACGCGGCUCCGGCUGGCGGGCCUCACCGUCUCAUCCCCCCUGAAGCGCUCGCACUCUCUUGCCAAGCUCGGAAGCCUCAACUUCUCCACUGAAGACCUGUCCGGCGAGGCCGACGGGUCCACCCCUGCCGACUCCCAGGGCGCCAAGUUGAGCGCAUCUUCCUUCCUGCAUGAGCCCCAGGCAGCCCCACGGAACCCAGCUGCAGCCUCCAGACUGUCAGGGAAAUCGGCCGCAGAAAACUUGAAAAGCCCCUCGUGGGCAAGCAAAAGCUGACCCGUCUUCUGGCGUGUUUGGACUUAAAUCUUCACGCCGUCCCUCCUUCAGUUCCUCUGUGGACUUUGGUCAGCCCCUUCUGUCCUGAUUUCUCUUAAACAAUUGGCGUUAACCUAACUUUUCCCCCCUCUUGCCAUGGAGAGGAGGAGAGGAAACAAAAAUCUCUGACACACAGCACAAGAAGAAGGGGGCGUAUCGGUCGUGUGGCCUGGGAGAACCAGCAGCUGUCGGCCGGUGGACUCCGGUCCCGAAUGCUGUGUUUUCAAGGGCAUCAUGGUUCCAGAAGAGCAUCCAGACGUGCCCCACCGCAGAAAUAGUCCAUUUGCAGCGUGCAACAGAGAAGUUGAGCGCGCACGUCCCCAGCCCAUUCCAGCCCCCGUGGGAAACCUCUUGGAUGGCAAUAUAAGUCCUACCUCUGUU